GAUAUGCGUGUCCAUAUUGUCACAAAAAGGAUAAUUCAUCCUCGAACGUUUACAGACACAUCAGACGAUGGCAUCCGAAUCAUCCCGUCGGUGUCAACAAAAUGUUUUAAACAAUACCGUAGCAGGAUACCAAUUAUCGACUGAAAAUAUAUUCCUAUCGACGAUUUACAUAUGUGCCCACCAGUACGAAACAAGGCAAACGAGGAAACGAGGCAAAGUGUACUCCGUGAACAAGAGUCACUACUGCCCACGCUGCAACCGUGGCUUCACCUUGAAGAAGAAUAUGUCGCGGCAUCUGCGCCAUGAGUGUGGCAUGGCGCCCAAGUAUCAGUGCCCGUACUGUGACAAGCUCUCCAAAUUCACGCAGAACAUUUACGCACAUAUCCGAAAGUAUCAUCCCGGUCAGACUUUGUGCUUUAGACGGUUGUAUUAAAUAAUCAUUGAACGUAAUGGCGUCCUAUUUCUUCUUCGUUUGCUUCCAUAGUCACUUUUUGU